CACACAUAGUUCGAUGCAUGACAUGCUGAUUCCGGAUAGCGUCUCAUUUUUUAUUGAAAACAUUCCUGAGCCGAAAACAAUGUAUUUUAACCAGAAAAGCCGUACAUGGUAGGAUAGAGCUUGUUGAGUUGAUUCCAAAUGUCGCCGAGUUUUCGAUGCAUCGCAGCGGACAUUUGUCCAAAAACCGACGUUACGCCUUUUCUGAAUUGAACACAGAAAACUUGAGAAAUAUUGGCGCUCUUCCACUUUGAGAAAUAUUGGCGUAAAAACUUUUAUUCCAGCUAUUACUGAUCAUCGAGAAAUAUGUACCAGAAAAUGAGUGGGUGUAUAAGCACAGUCAGUGCUGCAAGAUAAAAUUUUCUUUUUAACGCACCCACCCAAAUUAUGGUUAAAAUUAAUUUAGAUUAUCAAAGAUAAAUUAGUGAAAGAAUUUGUCAGUUUGACCGUACAGCUCCGGAGAAAAGAAAUAUUUUUAAAACUAGCUAUAUUUGUUUAGAUGCGUAAUUAGUGGAACGAAUUAUAUAACUUUUCAUGAAUUUCAAUUCACUACAGAAAGUUUCUGUUUAUAUUUCUCAAGUUUUCUGUGUUCAAUUCAGAAAAGGCGUAACGUCGGGUUUUUGGACAAAUGUCCGCUGCGAUGCAUCGAAAACUCGGCGACAUUUGGAAUCAACUCAACAAGCUCUAUCCUACCAUAAAAAUGACAAUAAAAUGCAAUCAAAAAUUAAAGAUAUUCUCCAAGUACAUAAUGAUGAUUUUACGAAAUGUCCUGAUCAUUUAUUGUCAUUACUCGUUGAACCUGUACUAAAAUGUAUCACUGAACGGUUUGCUCUACAAGAUUCAGUACAGCGUGAAGAUAUUGAGAUUGUAUAUCAGAUUAGUUUAAUUGAAAACAAAUCGUAUCGAACAACAGCUCGUCCACAUACAACGAUUGUUGCUUUUUAUUCUCGGUGA